AUGUGUAACAGAAAGCCGGUAAAGCGCGCGCUAUUUGCUUUGACCAAUGCGCGUGCUUCGUGCUCGAAUUGGCAGUCAGAUGGGGGAUAUCUUCCACAUAAAGGCAAAAUUGCUUACUCUCAAGCGGGAGUCUGUACAUAUUCAACUCCAGUGCAUAUCCCCCAUAUUAGGCACCUCCUACAACCCUCCGUCAUGGGAGAGACCCACCGCAUCCGUCGCAAACCACAUGAUGGUGCCAGUGACAUACACGACAUAGAAGGUUCCAACCCCAAGGAUGAAACUUUGGGAUCAGGGAUACACCACGUGCACAACCGCGACAUUCUUGUCAUGUGUGUUGGGGAGACAUGUUUCUUGUACGGGUGA